UACGACUAUGAGUCAGAGCAUCUGUGUAUGUCGAUCCUUCUAAUCAAAUGAUUAUGGUUGAUAAGCGUCUAGAGUCCAGGUAACAGUUACCAGUUAUUGUGAUACAAUUGGAUGAGGAAAAUUGACAAGUGAGGAAGAGUUUUCGUAACAGCGAUUUGUAAUGAACGACGGACAGUAUCGAUCACGAUUUACUUGAUACUGAUACUGAUACCAGCUGAUACUCCGAUUCUGACCCUGGCCAAGGAAUUCGUACGCCACGAGUGGUAUCGCUUUUAUGUUCAGAUUCCUUUACUCUUUGAGGAGAAAUUAAUUGUUCCGUAAUGUCUACACGGUAUAUGAAAAAAGUAUACGGAGGCGAUGUGUUACCUGUGAAGGAUAGUGAAAAUGAGGGUGAGAUCGACAAUUCAAUAAUUGGCGAUGUUAAGUCCAAGGCGUUUAAUUUGUUCGACGUGUUAAAUGAAAAUUCCGAAAUUAGCGAGAAAGAAAAUGAAGAGGAACAGGCGAUCGUGGAAACUUGCAGCGAUGAGACUAAGCGUAAAAAGAAGAAGAAGAAGAGAAAGAAGUUGGAAGGAACGAAAACCCAACACACUGUUGAAUCUAAGGAGAACGAUAUUGAUGAGAUUGAGGAAACAGUGAGAGAAGUGAACAAAUUACUCGGAGAACCACUUCCAGGAUGUAGCUCUCAAAAUGCUAAUAAUGCUCAAUGGGUCGAACAUAGCUCGAAGGAGGGUAUUCUAAUGGUGCAACAUAAACAUUUGAAUGCAUAUAACGAACUGAAAAGAAUUUUUGGUAGUAAAACAGUACAAGCUGAUCAAAGGAGAAACAGAGGCCGUUUGGGUCAUCUGAGGAAGACCUGGUUGGUCUCUGCUAAAGACAGAUGGUCACGUUUUACUAAAUAUGGCCUUUCGAUGUCUUUGGAUCAUACUAUGAAAUCUACUAAUAACAUUCAGUACUUCGUGUAUGAACACAGCCCAUCGUACAGACAAGUGCAGAUGAAAUUUUUGGAAGCUGUUGAAAGUUUGAAAAGCCCUGAAAAUAUUGUUGCUAUAGUCAAUGCGCAUCCUUAUCAUAUAGAUUCGUUGUUGCAACUGGCUGAAUUGUGUAAACUCAACGAAGAUUUAGCAAUGGCUGCAGAAUUCACGGAACGAGCUUUGUACUACCUUGAAUGUGCUUUUCAUCCAUUGUUCAAUAUUACAACCGCUCAUUGCAGAUUGGAUUAUAGAAAGCAGCAAAAUCGAGCUUUAUUUAUAACUUUGUUUAAACAUCUUAACUUCCUCGGCGGACGUGCAUGUUACAGAACGUGUUUGGAAUUUUGUAAAUUACUCUUGUCGCUCGACCCGGAUACUGAUCCUUUGGCCGUGGUCCUCUGUCUCGAUUUUUACGCCCUAAGAGCAAAAGAAUACGAGUGGUUCAUCCAAUUUUACAAUUUAUGGGCCAGCACGAGAAAUUUGUUUCAAUUACCAAAUAUAGCAUACAGUUUGGCGCUGGCACAUUUUCAUUUAGGUGAUAAAAAGUCUGCCGACGAACUGCUGCAAAAUGCGUUAAUAAUGUUCCCGGGUGUACUUUUACCAUUGAUGGAGAAGUGCGGCAUACAGUGCGAUGAGAAGGUACAAACCCAUGAGUUCUUUAACAUUAAAGCUGUAUUUACGACCGCGCCGGCGUUGGAAAAGCUGCAGAAUCUGUACAUCGCGCGCACUAAUUGUCUGUGGAAACAUGCGGAUCUUCUACCGUGGAUACGUGAGAACGCACACAUCGUGUUAAAUCGUGUCGAUGUGAAAGAUUAUUGCGUGAAAUAUUACGAGAUAAAACGAGGCACGCGUUAUCAAGGAAAACUGCCAAAAAGUAUUCUACGGCAUAUUAUACUGUCCGACAUGAAAGACGUUACUAUAAACGUACAAGAGAUACAAAAUGACGGUUCCAUUUUCUCACACGAUCCUCUGCCACCUGCGGACAGUAUCGAUAUUUACGAACGGCCCACUGUAAAUAUAGACACGGCUAGAACCGGCAAUCUGUUCACCGUUUUCCUUUCGUCCAUAUUUUCUGGUUUUACAACCGGUAAUUUGGACGGAUUAAAUCUAUUCUACGAUAACGACGAUUAAACGUAAGCAGAUCGCUGGCUCCAACGUGCUAAUAAAUCAGAGUACAGAAAAUUUACUUUCCACUUGAUAAUAUUAAACUGAAACCAUACAUGUAUAGAUACUUUUCAAAUGUUAAGUACUUUUGUAAAAAUAUCAUACGUUUCGUGUCAAGCAAUAUAUUUCAUGAUUAUUAAUCGUAGAUUUUUAUUGUGAUCGUCAUAAACGUUAUCAUCGUUAUUUUGAAUGAAUUAGUUUCGUAUAUUUGAAACUUGGUAUACUCUGAUCAUAUAUACAUACAAAAUAUGAGAUUUUUCGUGUUAUUUGUACGAACUUAUAAUUGUGAUUAUUUUUAUGAAACCUUCGGAGCAAUCGUUACGUAUCCACUGAAAAUUUGUAAAUACAUGAAAUAAUAUAUACGUGUAUAUAAUAUAUAUGUAAUAAAUACACUAUAUCGUUGCAAUGCUUGUAACAAGAUACUCUUUAAUUAUCCACGGCUUAUAAAUACAUUACACACGAUAAUGCCGAA